AUGCCUUCCAAUAAUGGCUCAAUGUCGUUGGAGGGACUAUUUGGUCAAUAUCGCUUUGCCGACGUUCCAAAACUCAAAGCAAUAUUUUAUGCAGAGUUUAACAUUGACAUUGGACCUGUGAUUCGUUAUCAGAUUUCUGACGACCAAAAUGUGGUAUCUCCAGAACGUUUUUCUGCAUUUUCGGCUGCUAUCAUUUCCAAAGACGAAAUGUUGAAUCGUCUCGUCAAGCUGAAUUUGCUAGAUUUCAAGGUUAUGGGGCAUCCUAUAGGAUUGAGUGAGUGA